AAGAUAUUGACCUCAAUGAUAUUUUGAAUAUUUUCAAUAACUGCCACCCAUCAAUCCAAUUCACCUUAGAAGCAGAGACAAACCAAGAAUUUCAUUUUCUUGAUAUCCAUUUAAAAAGAAUGCCUGACGGUUUAUUACAGAGAUCGAUAUACAGAAAACCGACUUGGAAUGGACAAUACACGAACUUCCACAGUUGGGUUCCAUUAGUUAGAAAAAGGAAUUUAAUUCAUUCUUUAUCCUCAAGGAUCAGACGAAUUUGUUCCAAUGACACAAUAGAUGGGGAACUAUUCUAUCUUCGACAAACCCUCAUCAAAAAUGGUUAUCCACCUAGAUUCAUCGAUAGAAACUUGGUACCUAGACCUCAUGACAAAGCAUUGACAGUAGAGAAAAAAACUCUAUUUAUGAAUAUGGAAUUUAAGGGAGAUACGGCUGCUGAAAUCCUAAAUAAACGGAUUUCGAAAUCAUUGAAUAAAACAUUCCACGCAGCGAAGCUUCGAAUCAUCUUCUCUAGCCGACCUACCAUUCUGGGGUGUGUUAAGGACAAACUUUCGCCUUGGGCCACUUCAAUGUGUAUCUAUAAAUUUACUUGCUCAUGUGGGGCAUGUUACAUAGGCCGCACAAAGCGAUCAUUAUCCAAACGCAUCUCUGAACAUUAUCCGGCUUGGCUCUUGAAAGGGGAGCGAAAAACAAUCACGAGUUCUAUACAGGAGCACUUAAUCAACUGUGGACAUAUCGCUCCAAAAGACUCUUCGUUUAAAAUAGUUUACAGAGUCAAAGGAACUGGAUCGAAGGGGGUUCGAAUCAAUAUUUUAUGCACCGCAGAGGCAUUGGCAAUCCACAAACUAAAGCCUGAACUUUGCGUGCAGAAACGAUUUGUCCAACCUCUCAUCCUACCCUGGCCCUAAUUCCCUUAAUGGGUAUGUUUCUAGGU